GCAAAUCUACCAUCAAUCAAGAGAAAAGAGAGGGAGGAGAUAUCCGUCCACUGCUUUUCUGUCAAAUACAUACAUCUCUGUGCUCACGAAGAGAUGAUUUGUCUCGAAACUCGACAUUUUAACGUCAAUCGAAUCCUGCUGCUUGCCGUUGGUUUGUGGCCUUACCAACGAUCGCGAGUCGUUGAACUUCAGUCAAUUUUAUUCCUUGGAAUUCUGAUAACUUUCAUUAUGUUCCAAUUUACCACAGUCUUGACGUCAAAAUGUACUCCAAAACAUAUUCUCGAGAUUAUUUCUACUACGUUCUACUUUAUAUGCUUUGUGAUCAAAUACAAUUCGUUUUGGAUUAAUGUCGAUACUAUAAAGAGUUCGCUGGAUCGGCUUCAAGGUGUAUGUAACGAGCUAAGAGAUGAGAAAGAAAUCGCUAUUCUAAAAAAAUACGGAAACAAGGCGAAACGUUACACAACUGCAAUUAUAC